UAGGGCCUGGGGUGACUCAGUCUCUGGAGAACCAGCGGUGCAGCCCGGUGAGCCCCACAGCCCAGGGAAACCAGGCCCCAGGCUGCCGGCUCUGCUAAAGCGAGGGCCCAUUUUCUGGGUUCCUUUAGAUCUGUAUUCCGCCAUGCGGGAGGCGGCCCUGAGCAUGCUCAUCAUCCUGGCAGGUUUGCCUGCCCUGGAUGCUAAUGAUCCUGAAGAUAAAAACAGCCCCUUCUACUAUGACUGGCACAGUCUUCGAGUCGGCGGGCUUAUUUGUGCGGGGGUCCUGUGCGCCCUGGGCAUCAUCAUCCUCCUGAGUGGAAAAUGCAAAUGCAAAUUCAGACAGAAGCCCAGUCCUGGCACAGGAGACGCCCCGCCCCUCAUCACUCCAGGCUCUGCCCACAGCUGCUGAGGACGGCUCACCGAAAACGGCCUGGAGGGCCUCUGUCCCAGGUCCUGGCCUUGCGCAGAAGUCCCCCACCCAGGCUGGCAUG